UUCGAACGGCAGCAAGCUGGGCAACACCUUUGUCAGCAAACUGCAUGAGAUGGUCAACGACAACCAGUACCAGCAUCUGAUUUCGUGGAACUUUUCGGGGACCUCGUUUGUGGUGUGCAAUAUCAUGGAGUUCUCGCGCGAGCUGCUGCCCAAGCACUUCAAGCACAACAACUUUUCGAGCUUCGUGCGCCAGCUCAACAUGUACGGCUUCCACAAGGUCAACAAAUCGCCGCGCGGCCACCGGACGAUGGCCGAGAACCAGAUCUGGGAGUUCUCGCACCCAAAGUUUAUUCGCGACCGCUCCGACCUGCUUGACCAGAUCAAGCGCAAAACGAUGGAAUCCGAGUCGCUGCGGCGCGAGGCAGGCGACCUGCACGCGAGCUUUGUCAUGCUUCAGGUCUCGCACACCGACUUGGUCAAGCGCGUCCACCACCUCCAGGAGAACCUGGGCGAGGUCAUCCGCGAGCUGGGCGAGACCCGGAAGAAGCAGGCGACCCAGGAGGCUGUCGUGCGCCAGCUC